AUGCGUGCAUGCAGGUUUGAUGGCAUGCCACUAGAAAACGGCAGUGCAUCAACAAGUUCUGUCAGUGUUCCUCUUGACGUCCAAACUGAAAUCUAUAAAAUGCUUGGAUAUCUGUAUGAUAUUAAAGAGAAAAGCAUGGAAGGCACUCCAAGCAAGAGGCCGAGACUUGCUAAUGAUUCGUCGGGCUCUCUCAAAACUCAUGUACAAGUAGAACCUACACCUCAAAUUCAACAGGUCGUUUCUACUUGGGUUCCUCCCCGAGAAGAUUCAUGCGAAACUGCGACGCAGUCAGUCCCUUCAACCCCUCCAACCGCAACGGCUCAAGUUAUGGUGAAAAGUGAGCUUGACCACAUUUUGCAAAAUUCGCUACCGCGAAUGGGACUCAGCAAUGCAGACACUACGUUCGGUGAAGUUCAUGGACCUCGCCCUUAUGAAGAUAAAUGGACUCUUAUGGGUCGCAUGAUAGAAGAGCUUGCACGUGAAUUGGAAGCAAAACAUUCUGAAUUAGCGUAUCGUCUUCAGAAAGACAUCAACGACGUUAUUUUCAAGUACCAGCUUGAGAGUUUGAAGCAUAAGUAG